AUGUCUCCCCGGGCAGGUGAGGCCCCUCCAGGUGAGGGCUCCGUGGCCGUGCCGGGACCCCCCGGGGCCUUCGCCGAGGGGGGGCUGCACUACCAGUUCAGGAGCGACAGCAACGGCGGCCAGGUGACGUACCGCGUGGUGCAGGUGAGCGAGGCGCCGCUCGAUGGCCCCGAGGGCGCGGCCGUCAGCGUCGUGUCCACCUUCGCCCCCGGCACCCCCCAGGUGCUGCAGAACCCCUUCAGCAACGGCGGCGGCAGCCCCGGCAGCGAGGGCGGGGCCGAGGCGCGGCUCACCUGGGCGGGGGAGGGGGCCCUGCUGCAGGCAGACCCCGCCCUGGCGCAGGCCGGAGGAAGCUGGAGGUGCCGGCGGGUGCCGCGGGACGAGCGACGGCGAGCGCAGCACAACGAGGUGGAGCGGCGGCGCCGGGACAAAAUCAACAACUGGAUCGUGCAGCUCUCCAAGAUCAUCCCCGACUGCGGCGCCGACGGCGGCAAAUCCGGGGCGAGCAAGGGCGGGAUCCUGUCCAAGGCCUGCGAUUACGUGCGGGAGCUGCGCCAGAGCAACCAGCGCCUGCAGGAAACCUUCAAAGAGGCCGAGCGCCUGCAGAUGGACAACGAUCUAUUGCGACAGCAGGUGGAGGAGCUGAAGAGCGAGAACGCCGCGCUCCGGGCGCAGCUGCAGCAGCGGGGCCUGGACGGGACCCCCGAGGCGACCCCGCCGUGACCCCGCCCC